AUGUUUAGCCUCCCGAGAUUAGUGGCUAUAAAGCAGGAACUUAAUGGAAAAUAUGCAAAUAAAGUGAUUCCUAAACUAGGGCUCGUUAUUGCUGUCUGGGACGUGCUAAAAGUUGAUGAUGGAAUGCUAAAACCAGGAGAUGGCUCCAUAUAUAUUAAAGUUGUUUUUAGAUGUGUUGUGUUCAAACCAUUUGUCGGGGAAGUACUGACGGGUUGGAUAGAAUCAUGUUCCGAAGAAGGCAUUAAAGUAAACAUGGAGUUUUUCAACGAUAUAUUCAUUCCAAAAUCACUCCUGUUUGAAAAUUCAUUAUAUUCACCAAAAGAUAACGCUUGGGUGUGGCAGAUGGAUGAAGAAAAUAAGUUGUAUUUAGACGUGAACGAGAGAAUCAAUUUUAGAGUGGAGGAAGAGGUGUUCAAUGAUGUUCGGCCAAAAGGGCCAGAUAAUCCAAUAGUAUUUGAUGAUGACGACCAAAAAGAGAACGAGCAAAAGAAAAAACAUUCCACGCCACCAUACGCUCUAGUUGCAUCUUGCCAGACGGAUGGUAUGGGAUGUGUCAGUUGGUGGGAGUAA